AUGCACCAGGGAAACCAACCUCAAAUGCAGCAGCAACAAAUGUCCAUUCAAGCCGACCCGAUGAUGCUGCAGAUCCUGCACCAAUUGCAGCAGCAGCAAGUAUCAAUCAACCAGUUGCUUGUACAGCAGCAGGAAACGGCACAGCGGCAGCAGCAGGCAUUUUUAAAGCAGCACGAGCAGGUAAUCCGGUCAACAAUGUCAGCUUUCGGUCAGCCACCAACGCAUCCGGAACAGAUUGUCGACUCGCUCGCCAACAACAUCGUCGAGUUUCGAUACGAACCGGAUAGUGGCGUCACGUUCGCCGCCUGGUAUACGCGGUACGAUAACCUGUUUUCGAAGGAUGCCGUUCGCCUGGAUGAUGAGGUGAAGGUCCGCCUACUACUUCGGAAACUGGAACCGUCGGAACAUGAACGAUACGUAAGCUACAUUCUGCCGAAAACUACGAAGGAGGUGAAUUUUACGGAUACAUUGGCGAAACUGAAAAGCUUGUUUGGUACGGUGGAAUCGCUCAUCAGCCGGCGUUAUCGUUGCCUCCAAGUCGUCAAGCAGCCUGGUGAGGAUUACAAGACGUACGCUUGCCGGUUGAAUCGACUUUGCGUCGAGUUCGAGUUAGCGAAAAUGAGCGAGGAGCAGUUUAAAUGCUUGCUUUUCGUAUGCGGUCUGAAAUCGGAAGGAGAUGGCGAGAUCCGGACACGAUUGUUGACCCGCAUCGAAGAAAACGCAGCAGUCACUGGAACAAAUCUCCGACGAAUGUCAACGACUGCUCACGAUCAAGCAUGA